CUACGUGAGCUUCUACACUACGCAGUUUGCGCAGGGUCGGAUUCACGGAUAAGGAUAGGUUGAAGUGAAAUUCCAUGUGGGAAGAGACAACGCUGAAUCCUUCAAACAUUGCAAGUAACAGGCUACAGAGAAAGGUUAGGUGUGAUGGUUAGAUUGGACCUUGGUGAUGUAGUCCUCCGACGGAUGCAGGAGAAGGACUUUGAAGCUGUUAAGGCUCUUAUCAAGGAGGGAUGUGAGGGAACAGAGAACCGCCUGAUUCUUCACCUUCUUACCCGUCCGCUCACUCUACUCAUGCUUGCAACUCUCUCCUCCAUCCUCCGCUGUGUGCUUCACUCUUUUAUAAUGGCCUUGGUCAUUCCAGUCUUCAUUCUCAUCAUCUACCUCAAACUCACCAUCCCACAAUCGGUGGGCAUCCUGGGCUCCAGCAGGCCAUACUGGGAUUAUAUGGCUAGCAGUUACCAUGCAAACAUUGAGCCAGAUCUACCCAAUCCUCACUCAGGCAGAGUUAAACUGAUCCCCAACCAAGAGAAAACCAGACGACGUAAAAAAGCCAAGGAGAAAGAGAAAACAAAUGAGAGAGAGAAGGUGGAUGAGGAUGAGCUUAAGGAGAGGGCGAAGGUUGCUGGAGAGGUGUGGGUGGCAGACUCUGAUGCGGAGAUUAUAGGGUGUGUGGCUAGAGAUGGUAGGAGUCGGGACGGUGUAAGUCGGAUCUGCAGGCUGGUGGUUCAAAGCUGGUACCGCAGAGAGGGAUUGGGCAGAUUGAUGCUGCAGGGCUUGGAAUCUAAAGUAAAGCAGAGUGGAAUAUGCCGGGUCUAUGCCCACGUGCCGUAUCCUUCCAAAAUGGGAGAGGCUUUCUUCAGGAGGCUGGGCUAUCGUCUGCAGGGUGAGACUGCUGGGACUGAGGGAGAGGAAGAUGAUGACUAUGAAGAGCCAGAGAGAGGUUGGCUAGGGUUCCCUUUAACAAAAGUGUUUGUUAAGGAUCUAUAAGUGUCAAUUUUUCCAGUUAAUUAUAGACCACAGCCGUAAACUCGGAGAACACCUCUCGCUUUGUUACUAUACAUGUUAUUUUCUAUGAUUGUUUAUAUUUACAAAUCAUAAAUGUGUAAAUCAUAAAAAAUGAUAUUGUUGUGCAAGAGUGUUUUAAUAUUGUUGAACAUUGCAUAUUUCAUCUCAGGGGUUCAGAGCCCUAGUCAUGAAGGUGUUAUUUAAGCUUCUGAAGGAGUGACUGAAAAAUUCAUCAGUCAAUAACUGAUUGGUUUUAUAGAAACCUUGUUGGAGUUUUAUUUAUUUUUUAGAAAAGGGACUGAAGAUAAUUAUUGUUUGUUUUCGCUUUCUGUUUACCUUAUUCACUUUAUUUAUUGUGUUGUAUUUAUAAUAUAGUGAAUUUGAGCUCUAUUCCCUUUUGAGUGCUUUUUGUAUGUUUCCCUUGAGUGUUGAAGA